AAAGGGCAAUGGCCUGCUCGCAGCUUAUAAAGUGACCUGGGAGAAGCCAAGCACCAAACAGCCGCCUCACUUGCAGGAUUCUGUGUGGAAACUGCCUUCAUCUUGAUACAAGAGGUCUCUCCUGGAGCCACCUGGCCCCAAGAUGGCGACCAUGCUGUUGCUCGUGGCCAUGCUGGCAGGCCUCUUCACUGCAUCCAAGGGACAAAGCUUCCAUCUUGGGAAAUGCCCAUCUCCUCCAGUGCAAGAGAAUUUUGACGUGAAAAAGUAUCUUGGAAGAUGGUACGAAAUUGAGAAGACCCCGGCGAGCUUUGAGAAAGGAAACUGCAUUCAAGCCAACUACUCCCUGAUGGAGAAUGGAAACAUCAAAGUCCUGAACCAGGAGAUGAGAGCUGAUGGAACCGUGAACAAAAUUGAAGGUGAAGCCAAACAGAGCAACCUCUCGGAGCCAGCCAAGCUGGGAGUCAAGUUUUUUGAGUUGAUGCCCUUCUCUCCGUACUGGAUCCUGGCCACCGACUACGACAGCUACGCCCUCGUGUACUCCUGCACCACCGUGCUCUGGCUCUUCCACGUGGAUUACGUCUGGAUCCUGGGAAGAAACCCUUACCUCCCUCCAGAAACAGUGACCUACCUAAAAGAUAUCCUCACUUCUAAUGACAUCGACUUCGAAAAAAUAACGACAACAGAUCAGGCGAACUGCCCGGACUUCCUGUAAAGGGAGGGGUCAGCCACUCCAGGUUACUUCGCUUUGCAUUCUCUGGCUCCACCCCGAAUCCUCCUCAAGGCGAGCCAAGGGUAACCAGAGGGAAACCUCGGCUGUAGAAGCCAAUGGAGGGGCCUCGUGGAAAGAUGGCCCAAACCCAACCAGACCCUACCCUCUUACCCUGCUAGCCCGAUAAUAAAGGUUUUGCUCAUCA